GCAACUGCGCAUGCGUGUAGUGUGCUUUGCGACUCGGGGUGAAACAUGUUUCUGCGCAGGGUUACACAGAGACGAGGCUUCUGGCUGCCUUAUGUGUUUAAUAUACCUUGGCGUGCUAUAACAGUCCAGAAUCUUCGCUUGUCUUCACACAAUGAUGAAGUUCACCUGGCGGAGGAAGCCAGCAAGAAAUAUGGAAGUCCUGGUCCUACAAUAUUCUCCAAAAUUAUUGACAAAACAAUUCCUGCAGACAUAAUUUACGAAGAUAACCGGUGUUUAGCAUUUCGGGACAUCAGUCCCCAGGCCCCUGUGCAUUUCCUGGUUAUUCCCAAAACUCCUAUUCCAAGGAUAAGUGAGGCUCAUGAUGACGAGACACAGCUACUUGGACAUCUCUUAGUAGUAGCAAAAAAUCUUGCAAAGAAAGAAGGAUUAAGUGAGGGAUACAGAUUGGUCAUAAAUGAUGGAAAACAUGGGGCUCAGUCUGUGUAUCAUCUGCACCUUCAUGUUCUUGGAGGGCGACAGAUGCAAUGGCCUCCAGGAUAGACGAGCACUUCAUCCCGAGUGUUUAAUUAUGUAUUUUAAUGUAAAUAAAUAGCUAAUUACAGCAUAUAAAAUAAAAAAGAAUUAUGUACAAUGUAGAAUUUUUUUUUCUGUAGAACCAAAAAAAGACUUGGGAACAACACAAUAACAAUAAAGUUCACAAACUGAUUGA